AGUCGUACACACACGAUUGAGUCAAGUUUGUUAUAUAAUUCAUGUACACAGAUGAUCGUUCUCUCAGUCCGUAACAUUUGUCUAUCGUAUCAACAUCGCCGAAUAAAUUAGUUUUACACUGUGCCAGAGCUGUUAUUGUUUACACGGUCGUUCGAGUCAUCAGAAGGAAUCUGGAUUAAACUUCAUAGGUUAUGGGCCCAGAACACCCGGAAAAUUAAUUCGAAGUCAUUUUCAUUGCCGGCGUGCAUUUACGAACAAAGAAAGUCUUCAAGGUUGCGGCGGUACGUUCGAGAACUUUCUGUUUGGAAAUUUACGAACAAAGAAAGUCUUCAAGGUUGCGGGUAUGAUCAGCAAAGCCGAUCGUUUCUCGAAGCUGAAAGGCCGGGAAAAUUAUGAUACCUGGAAGAUUUCGGCGAAAUCGUACUUGGUGAUUAAGAAGGCAUGGUCAUGUGUGGAAAACGGACUGACGAGCGAGGCUACAAGUGUGCAGAAGGAAGCAGAUCAAAUGGCUUGGUCACAGAUCAUUUUGCUGAUCGAUGAAUCAGUCUAUUCGUAUAUUGCUGAAACGAAAACGGCGAAGGAAGCCUGGGACGCUCUACAGUCAGCAUUCGAAGACAGUGGUUUGUGUAGAAAAGUGAGCCUGCUGAAGCAACUUGUACAGUUGAAAUUGUCAGAUUGCACGUCGAUCGAGGAUUUUGUAAAUCGUGUGGUAAUGACGUCGCUAAAGGUGAAGAAGACGGGACUUAACCUGGAUGAUGAAAUCGUUGCAUCACUGAUGUUGGCUGGCUUACCUGGUGAAUUCAAUCCACUGGUCAUGGCCUACGAGAAUUCGUCGGAAAAGCUUACUACCGAAGGAGUGAAGACACUUUUGCUACAAGAAACUAGAUUCAACACCGACGAUGAAACCAGUGAAGCUCUGUACACUAAGUCAACGAAAAGACGGACGGAAAAUUUUCGAUGCCAUUGCUGUGGUGAAAUCGGCCAUUUCGCAAAGUAUUGUCCUGAGAAAACCAACGGUGAACGCAAGAAAAAAGAUUCUGGAAGUUUUCUAAUCAUGCGACAAGGUGACGAGGCUAACGGUGCGAAAGUUGAACGCAGAAACGAAGAAUCCAGAAGUUUAUCGACCGUAGUACGAGGCAAUCCUCUUUAACGGUGAAUCGGUUUUUGUUGAGGUGAAUGGAGCAGUGAAUUGGUUGCUCAGGUGUUUUUGGAGGCUUUGCAGUGAAUUGGUUGCAAGGCAAUGUUUUUUUUGUUUCAUAUCCAGCAGUGAAUUGGUUGAGGGAUUUUGUUUUAUAUCCAGCAGUGAAUUAGUUGCAGGAUUUUUUUAAAAUGUUUUUCCAACGUUAACAGAUAGUGGGGCUGUGAAUUAAAUCUGUCAACGUUGCAUUAUUGCAUUAGUCGUACACACACGAUUGAGUCAAGUUUGUUAUAUAAUUCAUGUACACAGGAUCAUUGGAUUUGAUAUUUUUGGAAACGAUCUACUUUUACUGACGAAAGACUUAAAAAUCGCACCCGCUUUCG